AAUAUCACUACAUUUUUAAUAUCAUAAAAUAUUACGUUUUUUAUCAAUUCUUUCAUCCCGAUAAUUAAAUACGUAAAAAAAGAAUAGCUCUAAAGUGUAUUAAACUUUUAAGUACACUUGAUCACUUAAAAAUCUGCAAGUUCUAUCACAAGCAUCAACGCACGAUUAAAAGGGUCCGACGCGUCGAUAAAUUCGUAAAUACAAUAUGUUGAGCAAAUAGAGCGUAAUGCUCGGCCACUGAGAGCAAGUAUCCGAGCUACACCCUCCUACCUUCCUUGGAAACAAUUAAUUCUAGGUCGAGUUGCAUAACACCGUGGAAAACCGAAGGGAGACAAAUCGGUGACUGUGACUGCGACGCAGCUCGUCACGCGAAAUUGAAUUACUCAGUCACCUCUCGAUACACUUUAUCAGUUUCAGUAAUUUGACCAGCGGUUCCUCUAUUAAUAGGAUAGUUCCCCUCUUCGAUAUGUGGUACACGUGCGUAGGUAUGUGGAUCGUGUGUCGCUUCCUGAACUUCGUUGUACAGUAGACUCUCGUUAUAUCGCCACGUUGCGGAAGGACAUUUUUGAAAUUGGUGACACAGCGCUGUGGUUUCAGUGUCAUGAAGAGGAAAUUGUACUGUGAAGGAUACAGCUUCUUUGGGAGUAUGAAGGUAUCGGAGGAGAAUUAUCAUAAGAGGAUGAGUCUUCGUUGGAUUCACGAAAACUUAGAAGCACCGACAUGCGACGAGGAAUGCAGUGACAUCGAUGAUAGUUGUAGCGACGACAGCUAUGAUUCCGAUCUAUCGAUCGGCGAGGAGAAAGUAACAGGAAACGAGAAGGAGAUCAAUGGAGAUCGCAGAAGGAAAAAGGAAACCAGACGGCAUCCGACAGCCACAAUGAAGUUCGACGAGAAUGGAACAUCGCGUUACAUCACCAACGAAUCGGUUAAACUACCACCUUGCGUAAUAUGGGACCCCAGAAAGCCGGCCCAGAAUCCAGUGUACAAUUGUCUGGUGAUUAAAUUGUUUUGCCGAACUGGUUAUCACCUUGGUGUUUCGGAAUCUGGUCGUGUUAGGGGCUUAAGUGCUACAAAUGAACCUCACAGUUUACUUCAUAUCAUACCGGUUUCUUUCGGCGUGAUCAGAAUACAAAGUAUCAAGACUAGUCUGUAUUUAGCUUUCAACAAAAAAGGACGCUUGUAUGGGGAACCAAAUGCAAAUAAGGAGACCACAGAAUGGGAACAAUGGAACGUAGGUUCCUACGAUGCUUUUCGCUCGAAAAAGUACGCAAACUAUGGAUGGUGGAUAGGAAUAAAGAAAAAUGGACGUACAAAACCGGGACCAAGAACACGUUGGGGACAGAAAGCGAUACAAUUUUUAGCAAUACGACAAGAAUAAUUGCUGUGAAUUAUAUUUUAUAUCUACACGCUUCCAUCAAAUUAAUCAUUCGAUCAAAUCAACAGAUUACAAAAUUUUUUUAAACAAUUGAUACAACAGAUUGAAAAUUUUAUAAAAAUAAAAACAAAACAUUGAAGAUUUUGUAAGAAAAUGUAAUGCAUUUGAUAACAAUGAAAAUCAAAUUUCAAAUAAAUACAGUAGGAGAGAAUCAAAAUGAAUUACUUUUCUACGAGAAAUAAAUAACCUUUUUCCUUCCAAUAGAAUAUAAUGUUUAUUAUAACACUGUGUUACUCAACAAUGGAAUAAUUUGAGAUUGUGCAUUCUGCUUGUGCCCAUCAACUGAAACUUUCUCGCAAGUUGCAGUUUUAUAUUGCAGUACAUAUUUCUUUCUUUUUUCUCUCUCUUCUUUCUUAUUUUUUUAAUCAUAUUAAUCGUUAAUCGAUUAUGCUGCAGGCAGAGUGUCGAUCGAGUUUUUAAAUCAGUCGUUACGAGAAAUGCUUGAAAAAUCACACUGUGCUCGCAGCAUUCGUAUGAACGCCAAUUUUAUAUCGUAUAU